GAAGUGUGUAAACUGCUGCUACUGGCCGUCAGCAGUGAACAGGGUGUAGAAUGUUUGGAAAAGUUUUCAUACUGCUGCUAUUUCUUAUUUUUCUGCACAAUGACUCUGCUGUCGGGCAAAAGAAAAAAGAGACUCUGCUAUCAGAGAAGGUGACUCAGAUGAUGGAGUGGGCUUCCAAACGCUCCGUCAUCAGGAUGAACGGAGACAAGUUUCGGCGUUUUGUCAAGGCUCCUCCCAGGAACUACUCUGUGGUGAUAAUGUUUACAGCUCUGCAGCCACAGAGACAGUGUGGGGUGUGCAGACAAGCUGAUGAGGAGUUCCAGGUGCUGGCUAACUCAUGGCGUUAUUCCUCUGCCUUCACCAACAAAGUCUUCUUUGCAUCUGUUGAUUUUGAUGAAGGAUCGGAUGUCUUCCAGAUGUUAAAUAUGAAUUCUGCUCCAACGUUCCUCCACUUCCCACCCAAAGGGAAACCUCGCAGGACUGAUACUUACGAGCUGCAAGUCCGAGGCUUUGCAGCAGAGCAGCUGGCUCGAUGGGUGGCAGACAGGACUGAUGUACAGAUUCGUGUUAUUCGGCCUCCAAACUAUGCGGGUCCUCUCCUCCUGGGCUUCCUCUUGGCUGUAAUUGGUGGACUGGCAUAUCUACGAAGGCACAAUCUGGAGUUCCUCUUUAACAAGAACGUUUGGGCCUUCUCUGCACUGUGCUUUGUGUUGAUCAUGACCUCAGGCCAGAUGUGGAACCACAUCAGAGGACCGCCCUAUGCACACAAGAACCCCAGCACUGGACAAGUUAGUUACAUCCACGGCAGCAGUCAAGCCCAGUUCGUAGCCGAAACCCACAUUGUUCUUCUCUUCAAUGCUGCUGUUACUAUGGGAAUGGUGUUGCUAUGUGAGGCUGCUACAUCUGACAUGGACAUUGGAAAGAGGAAAAUUAUGUGUGUGGCAGGUAUUGGUCUGGUGAUGCUGUUUUUCAGCUGGCUGCUGUCUAUAUUCAGAGCAAAGUACCACGGAUACCCCUACAGCUUCCUGUUGAGUUAGAGCUGAUGAGUGGUCCUCCAGCUUCACAGCAAACAUGAACUUCACUAAGAUGAAGUUCUGCUAUAAGCCAUAAUUAGCUUUAAUCUCCUGAGCCAAAAGCAGCUGGGUCAUCACAAACUGCCUUCACAGACACCUCAUGGCAACAAAUCACUAUCUGGGUCCAGUGAAAUGGUUUGGUGCCAAAAUGAAUUUUAAAAAAACAGUUGACAAUGAAUUGACUGUAGUGUUCUGUCUAAUGCUCACUAAAUAUGUUUUAACCAUUGGGACCACACAUAGAUUUUCGUGUAUUUACUUAUUUGUGUGAGGGUAAAAUUGACCCAAGACAGUAGAGUAUUGAAGUGAGGAAUUCUAUUUCUGGAAUCAACACUUUUCCCACAGUUUUUUUUUUUAAUUUUUUUUUUUAUAUAUAUUCCUGUAAAGAACUACAUUGUGUGAGUUGGUGGUAGUUUAAUCAAAUGAGUUACACUUAAACUGAAGAAACUAUUGAUCUACUACUGCAAACUACAGAGUCCUGAAGGUUAUCUUAAGCACAUAAGAUAAAAAAAAAAGUUUCACCUCUCAUGACUUCAGUGAUUCCACAAUUAUAUUAACAUAAAUUUAUAUUUUGGUGUUCAGGCAAAAAUGUUUCUCUGCAUGUGUCUGUGUGAAUGUACACUCUGUGUCUAACUUAAAAUAUCAAAACAUAGAGACCUAUUGAGAUGAGAUGUCUGCUUCACUGUCCAUGCCUGAAUUAAUCUGAGGAAGUGAUUCACCUGUCAAGUGAUUAGAUAAAUCUUUCAGAAAAUCUGCAAAAGAAAAAGCCCAUUUCCAUCCACCAAUGUUAUGUGACUAUUAAGAGGUAGCUCAUCAUUGUGUUUGCUACUUUAGCUGUUGUUUGAGGAGCCCUUACGUUUGUUUCUGCAGCUCCUUCUCAUAUAUGGUUGUGUUUCAUUGCUGUUUCCAUCUAAUAUCAUUAGUUUCUUUUCCAAGGACACUGUAGUCUACUUAUUACUCCACAGAUGCACACACUAUUGCUUGCUAAAUAGAUCUCCAUCCACUUCUCCCAUACAUUCAAAGCUUUUUUCAAAAAAAAUUUUUUUUGUUUUGUUUUUUCAAAGUCUCAGCAUUUCCACUUAGGGUUUUGAAUGCACACAUUAAAAUGUGAUCAACAGCUGGUUAGGAAUGCACUUAAAGCACUGCAGACUCAUAGGCACUGUCAGGGACUUGAUAAAUUCAAGUGCACCCUAUAAACUAUGACUACUAUACUUGAAUGGCUCUGAAGGUUGUUUAAAACACAAAAAUUUAGAUUUUUUUUUCUCAUUUUCCUGUGUAAUUAUAUGGGCCUGUGUGUUAUUUCUUUCCAGUUCUUUGAUCAUAGUAUUUUUAAUAAAUAGAUGCAGAAAGCAUAACGGUAUAUUACAAAUUCUGUUAAAAAUUGAUUUCUCUGCAAAUUUUGCAGUAUUGUUAUACAACUGGUCCCCGGGUACAUCUGUGAUCAUUUCUAGUAGUUAAAUGCCAACACUAAACCCAGUAUUUACACUUACACUGGCCACUGGUGCAUUUUUUACACAAUAUCUUGGGUGGAUACAGAACAGUCUGGCACUCUAUCCAUCAUCAUUUGGUUUUUGAGCAGAACUGGGAAGCCCUUCAUUGUUUGUUCACCAAACUUGCAAUAGUUGAUCACUGUGUUGUAGUGUUGCCUUUUGCUACUGAGCCAACUGUGAACCACAAGGGGGUGCUAAAAUGGAUGCAGAUGCAUUUUGAGUUUUCUCAGCAGAAUUGGAAAACGUACCAAACAUGUUUUGUUUGGUUUUUUUUUCCUUGAAACUUGCUACAGUUUAUUAGGUGUAUGUUGGAGCAUUGCCUUUUGCUAUCAUCCAUCUCAGUUGUCCGGCAUAGAGUCGGUGUCUUUUCAUUUACAGAGCACAAUUAAAACAACAUUCAAUAUUUUUACAGUAAACCAUUUGAGAAACUAUUUGAUUCAUCCUCCAUCAGUGGGCAGACUCGGAAGGAUAAAAGCAAGCAUUACCAAAACAUACCACUGUUGGAUUUUAGCACUAGUGGAAAGGUGUGCCAUCCUCUGACUUUAGUGUAGUCUACCAUAGUCACAGUGUUACCAGUUAAAGCCACAGGAGCCAACAGGUGGAAAAAUACCAGAAAUGUAAAAUACCCUCCUCCUGUCUGUCCAAACUAAAUGAUUACAUAUGGAUACAGAUGAACCUCAUUAUUGUUUAUUGAAAAGUUAAGCCUUGUUUCUAAGCUUCCAUGUUGAGACACAGUAGCACAGGAAUGGAAUCUCAUCAGUGAUAGAUAACAUCUGUAACUAGAUAAUGUUAUGGCAUCAUGAGGUAGAUUUUCUAUAGCCUGAAAACACAAGCAAGGAGUAAAUGCAGAAGUGACCCUAAAAGAACUAUCAAAUACUGCAGCUUUAAGAAGGUCUACAGAUAAAUACUUUCAUAGUCUUAUCUAGGAGUCCUAAAAACACCUUUUGUGGUUCUUCCAAAUGCUGGAAACAUGGAUUUAUGAAAAAACAGGUGGUGUGAUGUGCAAUUUAAAAACAUUCGAAAUGUAGCCUUGACACUAUGAAGCUUUACUGCAAAAAGUAUUAGUUACCUGAGCAUGGUUUUCUAUUAAGUAAGUACUCAAAUGUUGAUUUUUAAAAUGUUUCAUAACCAUCACCCUCACUUCAAUGAUGCGAUGUUUGGAUUUAUCAAAUCACUUGACUGAAUGGUGUGUCUUUUUCUGGUGCCGUUCUCUGUUCUGUCUGCUUUUACUGGUGUCUUACAGUGGCAUAAGGGCACCUGUCCUUUGUUCUGUGUAUGUGAGUUACAGUGCCUGCUAACUCUGCCUCUGUUUCAAUAUUACAUCUCUACUUUUUCAAAAUUUAAUUUUGAAUUGAAUUUUUCCUGGGUGUAUCAGGAGAGAAUAUUUGAUCUAUGGUGGUUGUUUCUGAUAUUAAAGUGCCUUAACUGCU